AUGAGCACAGAGGGCUCCAGUCUCUCCAGCCCCAGGGCCGCCAGACCCCAGGACGCCUUCACGGCUCCUGUCACCCCUGGGACUCUCACAGGGGUGACGGACCCCCUCCCUGUGCUCAUCGCCCUGGCCUGCAUCUUCCUCCUGCUGGCUUCUUGUCUACUGUUCCUGAUCCUCUGCAGGCCGGCUGCUCUGGACCCCCGCCACCGCAGGGCCCGCGAGUGCAUGCCCCACCACCCCGAGAGCCCCAGCGAGCCCCGGCUCCRGCUUUGGAAGCGCCUAGGCUCCCUGCGUCGCUCUCUGCACAGCUUCCGGAGGGGGUGGCUCACCGCCCCUCCACGGCCACUGCCAGGCCACGACAACACCCCGGGCUGUGACUGCACGGAAUCGACCAAAAUGUGACAGGCGUUUCCAAACAGAUGCCCCCACUAUCCUCCAGCCCCRGCAGA